CCCGAGCGCAGACCCGGCCGGCGUGCAGCGGUCACGUGGCUCCCACAGCAUCAAGCUCAAGUGCAUUUGUUCUGUGUAGCCUGUUUUAAAGGAUUUUGCCUCCAUCGACAGAAAAGCAGAGAGGAUAACUUUUUGGAAUUUGGCCUGUCGGGUCCUUUUGACGUUACACUCGCUGCAGGUCCCACUUUCUCUCUUUUCCCCUCUGGGAAGAUCAAUACUUAAGCAGGUUCCUUUCUCCUGAAGACCUCAGUGCGUUUAGUUCCUCAGGAUGUACAGCUUUAUGGGAGGAGGCUUAUUCUGUGCCAUUGUGGGCAACAUCCUCCUGGUGGUCUCCUUGGCGACAGACUACUGGAUGCAGUACAGACUGUCUGGCAGCUUCGCUCACCAGGGCCUGUGGAGAUACUGCAUGUCUGGCAAGUGCUACACGCAGACCGACAGCAUCGCUUACUGGAACGCGACCCGGGCCUUCAUGAUCCUCUCAGCGAUGUCGUGUUUUGCGGGAAUCAUCGCAGGCAUCCUCUCCUUCGCUCACUUCUCCGCCUUUGAGCGAUUCAACCGUUCCUUCGCUGCAGGGAUCAUGUUUUUUAUCUCCACGCUCUUUGUUUUGCUCGCUAUGGCCAUCUACACCGGGGUGACGGUCAACUUCCUCGGGAAGCGUUUCGGUGACUGGCGUUUCUCAUGGUCCUACAUUCUGGGCUGGGUGGCUCUGCUCAUGACCUUUUUUGCAGGUAUAUUUUACAUGUGUGCCUACAGGAUGCAUGAAUGCCGCAGAGUGGCCGCCCCUCGCUAAAACACAAGAGGACGUUUUCAAGAACUCAAGCAAACACUCAAGUGUCUAAACAUGCAUAUGCAAGUGUUUGGUAGUAUGAUCUUACUUAAAAAAGCACCAGUGUAAAUUGGUAGAGAGAUAGAAUAUGUCACGUUCUGAUUCUGCAGGUUUUCCCUCAGGAUUUCUUUAGUCUCUAUCCCAAAAGAUGCACAUUUAAGAUUGAAAUAAAUCACACAAUCCUGAAUGAAACUGAAUCAUUGUUCAUGCACCGAUACAAAAUCUCAAAUAAAAUCUCUGAUUAUUCUCUUCAUUCGAUGUCAUUG